GUGAGAUUCCACUCGGCUCUCAAUUGAGGGCGGCCUCGGUUGUAAGCGGCUUUUGGCCUUCCCAAUUCGUUCGUUCGUCAAGGGAGGAACGAAAGAAGGAACGAAAGAAGGACGAGGGAUUCUUGGGAAGGAAACGGACCCAAUUUGGUUGGGACACCAGAGACAGUGGCACACGGAGAAGGAGCCGACCAGUGAUGGGAAACCUCGAGAGGAGAGAUCUCAGAGGAAGGACGAAAUUUGCUUAAGGACACUGACAAUGGUGGAUAUUGAGUCUGUCUUGGGUGAGCGCGGCUAGAGUGAACAGGUGGAAUUGGGAACAUUACGUCCUGAGAAAUUGAAAGUGAUUAGAAAUGAAACAUGAUGUCGGGCUCUUUGUGAGUGGACAGACUUACUUCCGUCUCUGCUAAUCCGGUCUCGUCAAUAUGACCAUAUCAGAACGAUAGAUUUAGCUACAUUCCGACUGCCAAACUUCGGAUAUGGUCUCAAAAGUCCCAUGCUACACAUGAGGCUCCUUUCGCCGCCCUCAGAUCCAAAGGCCUGGAUGAUGAUCCAGCCCAGGGGUCAACAACGGUGGGCGACCUUCUCAGCCUUGGCCAUGAUCAUCAUGAUGACGACCACCACGACGACCCUGUUAACACGAGCGGAAGAUCUCGUCGAAGAGAAGCAUACGGCGUAUGUGACGGGCGAUAUCAUCUUGGGCGGGUUGUUCCCGAUGCACGAGCAUAAUAUCACCAAGAAGGAAAAACCCUGUGGAGCCAUCAAAGAAGAGAAAGGGAUCCAGCGCAUGGAAGCCAUGCUGUAUGCUUUGGACCAAAUCAACAAAGACCGACACCUUCUACCGGAUAUCUCGUUGGGAGCUUUGAUCCUGGAUACAUGCUCCAAUCCAUCGUAUGCUCUGGAGCAAUCCAUGCUCUUUGUGCGGUCAUUUAUCGGAGACGAGAUGAAUCCACAGUGCUCCUCGGGGAAAGCGGAAAAGGCCCAGCCCGUAGCAGGAGUCAUUGGAGCCGCAUUCUCUGGUGUAUCAAUUAUGGUGGCCAAUAUCCUCAGGUUAUUUAAGAUCCCGCAAAUCAGUUAUGCUUCCACAUCCACGGAGUUGUCCGAUAAGUCUCGGUUUGAGUAUUUCUCGCGUGUGGUUCCUCCGGACAACUUUCAAGCUCAAGCCAUGGUCGAGAUUGCCAAGGUCAUGGGAUGGACGUACGUGAGCACAGUGGCAGCUCAAGGUGAAUACGGCGAAAAGGGCAUUGCUUCCUUCAUUGCCCUGGCCAAGAAGGAAGGCAUUUGUGUGGCCAUUAACCUCAAAAUCAACCGCAAUUCUCAACGGGACGACUUUGACCAGAUUGUGGACCAAUUGAGCUCAAAGCCGAAAGCUCGCGCUGUGGUUCUCUUUGUCGAUGAAGACAGGACGAGGAAGCUCCUCUCAGCCACUGUCAGACGGGGCAAGACCGGGUUCUUUUAUUGGAUUGGCUCCGACUCUUGGGGGGCCAAAAUCCAUCCAGUCCGUCAUCAAGAAUGGGCAGCUGAAGGAGCUAUUACCAUCUUGCCCAAGCGAUCCUCACUUACAGGUUUUGACAACUACUUCCUGAAUUUGAAGCCUCCAAUGAGACUGGGGGACUGUGAGGAUCCCUACAUUGGGAUGCGGAACCCAAGCAUCAACUGUCGUAAUCCAUGGUUCCGAGAGUUCUGGUCGCAUCACUUCAACUGUCGCUUCGAGGAUCAGCCUCUCUCCGAGAUGCCCAGUAGUCCCAUUGGGCUCAAAUUGUGCACAGGGAAAGAGAAGGUCACCAAAUAUGAACAGGAAGGACUUGUUCCAUUUGUGGUGGACGCCAUGUAUGCCAUGGCUCAUGCACUCCACAACAUGGUAGUGGAUCGUUGUGGAGAAUUUCAUUUCGGAUCAAUUGCCAAGGCGAAUCGGGCCAAUCACAAAGGCAUUCGUCAUGGUGGAGGAGGCCACUCGCGUGGAGGCUCCGAAUCCUCGAGCAAAGGUGUCCAACAAACCGUGGGACCACUGUGCGAAGAGCUCUCACCUAGUCCAGCCGGUGGCGAUCUCUUGCAAUACAUUCGGAGCGUUAGUUUCAUCAGUGCCCAGGGUGAUGAGAUUGGCGAUGUGAAGUUCAAUGGUGACGGAGACCGCAUUGGAAGAUAUUCCAUAUUCCAAUAUCAAAAGGUGCCUGAUGAAGGCUACAAAUACAUCCAAGUGGGAGAAUUCGGAGAGUUCCCCGACUGGACGUACAAGCACAAAAUUUCCAGGGCCCAUCAAGUGGGCAUGACCCAACAACUCGCCCUGAACACGUUUAUCAUGCAAUGGCCGAAUGUUUCGGAGAUGGGCACGCCUCCUCUCUCCGUUUGCUCUCAUUCUUGCAGGAUGGGCCACAUCAAAAGCUUCACCGAUGCCUGCUGUUGGACAUGUGUUCCCUGUCGAGAUGACUCCAUUGUGGUUGAUGAGGAUUCCUGCUACCAAUGCCCCCUGGGAUACGUGCCAAACGACGAGAAGAACCAAUGUCUUCGCUUGGACGCUGAAGCCUUGGAAGGCCAAUCACCCUGGGUGUUCUUCCCGUUAGUGUUCUCCUCCGUGGGUAUGGUCAUGACUUUGGAGGUGGUGGCUGUUUUCAUCUACUACAACCGGACCUCUAUCAUCAUGGCAUCAGGAAGAGAACUGAGCUAUGUGCUCUUGGGAGGGAUCUUCUUCUCGUAUGCGUGCCCGUUUGUGAUAUUGUCAGAACCCGGAGCAAUCACUUGCAGCAUGAUCCGCUUGGGUUUGGGUCUUUGUCUAUGUGUCUGCUACUCGGCCAUCUUCACCAAAACUAACCGUAUCUAUAGGAUAUUCCAUGGCUGCAUGAAAGGCAACCAAAAGCCGGCUUACAUAUCCCCCAAAUCCCAGCUCGUUAUCUGUUCAGGCCUGAUUUCCGUUCAACUGCUUGGUGUCUCCAUUUGGCUGGCCAUUGAACCCCCAAGCGUUCGCGUCUUCCACCCAAGUCGAGAAGUUGCCGUUCUCACUUGCGGAACAUCCAACUUCUCAUUGGCCAUCUCGUUGGGGUAUAACAUGGCAUUGAUUUUCCUAUGCACUUGGUAUGCCAUCAAGACCCGGAAAGUCCCCGAAAACUUCAACGAGGCCAAGUACAUCGGAUUCACCAUGUACGCUACCUGCAUCAUUUGGUUGUCUUUCAUUCCAAUCUUCUUUGGAACGAAGAACGAUUUUGAGAUUCAAAUAUCAAGCAUGUGCAUGUGUGUCAUCUUGAGUGCCACAGUCACCUUGUUCUGCCUAUUCAUGCCAAAAAUUUACAUUGUGAUGCUCCACCCGGAGAAAUGUGCCCGUUCCUUGCCCGGUGGGGGCAAAAGUGGUGCGGGCAGUGGCGGAGCAACGGGCGGCCCAACUUCAGUAGGCAAGAACAAGAUGCGGUUCACCAAAAGUCAAGAUUCCAGCAUCUCAAACAUUAGCGACACUUUCAAUGCUCGUACACCUCAAACCCCAUUAACCCCACUGACCCCCAAAACCCCCUCUUCUCAUCACCCAUCAACAAAUUCAAAUCAUCAAAAUCACAACAAAGAGGACGUAGUACAAAUUGAGACCAGAAAGAACUCUACUUUGAACCCGGUAUCCAUUACCACCACGGAAAUCCACGUAUCUUUCUCGGAACCUAAUGAUAUCCAUGAGAUUCCAAGAUAUGACGAUGAAGAGACCUCCACCAGCCAUCAAGAGAAUUCGUUGACCAAUGGUCACACUGAUUCUCCUCCUUUGCCGCCAAUUCCUUUUGCUCAGCCUCCUCCGCCGUCAAUGGUGACCUCCAUGGCAGUGACCAGCAACAUCAAGACCAAUCCGGCCUUUGACGACAAGAUGAGCCUUGUUAAUGAGGUCAAGGAGACGCAGCAGUAUGGGGAGGCCGAGGAUUACUAUGACUCCGAGGAUGAUGAUUGGAGUGGGUCCUGACAAUACGAGACACGGCUAUAGCAGGAGGUUAAGAAGGCCAAGGUGGUCUUCCGUCUCAAGCUGUAAGCCGUGUCUGAGUUAUGCGAAAAUCAUAUUCUCCCCCUCAAUCACACACACACACACCCGUUUGGCUGCCAUUUUAGGAUGAUUCUCUUUAUGAACAAACUGUCAAGAUGUUGUUGUUUGCGCCUGUGUCCAAAAAUAGUUUGACUUAACCCUUUGAACUCAUUGUAUGAUCGAAUGAUUUGUUCCCCCUCUUAUGUGCACAGAGUUGAUUCAAGGCUGUGAUGCGAAAUAAGUAUGGAUUCUCGUUCAUUGUGUCAAUAAAAUUCCUAUCGUCAGAGGA